UGGUGCACGGUUAUGAAGUGCGUCUGCUGUUUGUGUUUGUGUGUAUUGGCGCCUGGCUCGUUCCGAAAACUGGUAUUGUCUUUUGUUGGGCAUCAGCUAUCGUUCGUUCGAACCUCUGAGAAAAGUCCAUCCUUGCCUUCUUUUUGUAAUCGGUGAACGGUCUGUGACACUGUCCCCGGGUCCUGCUGAAACGUGACUACCGUAGCCGGACUGAGCCUGGAGAUCCUUGGACCAUCUCUAUCGUUUAGCGAGCUAUCAGGCUCUGCUAGUGCGCCGCACUGGGUCCUUCUUGUUCUCCACGCUCUGGCGCAUCCGGAACCUAGGCUCAUAGUCCGCGUUUCUGGUCGGUGGACGUACUCGACAAUUCUAAAUCACGGAAGCGCUCUCGGAGAGUCAGGACUCCGCAGGACCAUAAAUGUCGCCGCCCGCCGGCGGUGCGGCAGUGGCUGCAGACCCUGCCUCACCUGUAGUGCUCCUGGCAGUGCACGCCACGGUGAAGCCUCUGGGCGCUGGCCAGGAUGCCGAAGCGCAGCUGCGGAAGCUGCAGUUGAAAGCCGACCCUGAGCGGCCUGGACGCUUCCGGCUAGGACUGUUAGGCACCGAACCAGGGGCGGUCAGUUUAGAAUGGCCCUUGGAGUCUAUUUGCUAUACCGUCCGUGGGCCUAACCAACACGAGCUGCAGCCUCCCCCUGGAGGACCUGGAACCUUCAGUGUGCACUUCCUCGACUCUGAGGAAGCACAGCAGUGGGCAGCACUCGUGCGAGAUGCCACCGCAGAAGGACAAAAUGGCAGUGGCAGCCCAGCCCCAGCCCCAGCCCCAGAAGUGUGCCCUAUUUCUCCACCAUGUUCUUCUAUGGCUCAAAUACCUAAAGAAACCCAACCUGAUGUGGAUCUUCCUCAAAGUUCUGGAAACUUAAAAAAAGCUGUCUUUUCUCAUGUAGAAGAGCUGGCUACACGCCUGGCCCAGGCCAUUGCAGGAGGGGAUGAGAAAGCAGCAGCCCAAGUGGCAGCAAUCCUGGCACAGCAUCAUGUGGCUCUCAAUGUCCAGCUCAUGGAGGCCUGGUUCCCACCAGGUCCCAUAAGGCUGCAAGUCACAGUUGAAGAUGCCACGUCGGUUCUGUCCUCUUCAUCGUCUGCCCACGUCUCGCUGCAGAUCCACCCACACUGCUCCAUCGCAGCCCUCCAGGAACAGGUGUUCUCAGAAUUUGGAUUCCCACCAGCUGUGCAGCGCUGGGUCAUUGGGCGGUGCCUGUGUAUGCCUGAGCGAAGCCUUGCUUCCUAUGGGGUCUCUCAAGAUGGGGACCCUGCUUUUCUUUACUUGCUCUCGGCCCCCAGAGAAGUUUCAGGACAAAGCCUUCAAAACUCCAAGAUGAACAGGAAAUUAGGAUGCUUAUUUCCUCAGUCAUUGGAGCUGCCUCAUAACCUCCAGCUAUCCAGUUCCAGUCUCCCAAGUCUCCCUCAGACUGGCUGGUCUUGCCCUUCCUGCACCUUCAUCAAUGCUUCAAACCGCCCUGGCUGUGAGAUGUGCAGCACCCAAAGGCCCUGUGCUUGGGAUCCCCUUACUGCAGCUUCCACCUAGAAGCCAUCAAAGGUUACAGAGAAUAUGGCCCUCCUGUCACAGGCUCAACCACCACCACUUGAACUUCGCAGGGGACCGCUGCUUGCUGAGGACAGAUGCCAGUGUUAGAGAACAGGGGCCAUAAGCCAGUAAUUAAAGACAUAUAAGAGACA